GGCGUGGCCAUAGAGCGGUUGGCUUCGUUUGGGAAAAGCUCUGGGAAAGUUGCAGUCCCUAAAAAAAUAAUACGGAGAAGAGUAAAUUUAUGCUGUUGCGAGUGAUCUGGACUGCAUUUGGCACCGUAAACGGAAAUUUACUUUACUAUUUUAUUUAUUUCUCCUCAGAAGUCCAGAGAGAUGGUUUGUAAGUGUUGAAAGAUCUCAUCAGAGCUGGUGUGUGCAUGUAAGCAUGGACCUGGAAGAUUUCCCUCCUCCACCUCCUGACAUGUUGGAUGAUGGAGGUGAGAAGUUUGAGUUUGACGACAGUGGUGAUGAAGCCCCAGAGGCGGAUCGGCUGCCUCCCGACCCUGAGGGAAUGUCCGUGCCUCCACCCUCCUCAUCGGCAGACCGGGACGCACCCGUGAAUGUGACAAGCCCAAACCCGGAGAGCUUACUCACCACAGAGGCUGUUCUGCCCCCUCCACCUCACGACUGCCUUAAUAAUAAUACCUCUUCGGCUCAUGCAGCAUUCCCGCAGGGAGAUCUACCACCUCCUCCAUCAGAGCUGUGUUAUAGUACAGUCGAAGGGCUGCAUAGUGACCCCCCUCCACCACCACUAGAGGACGCUACAGGAGCUGCUGUUUACAGUGACCUGGAGGGUGACAGAGGUGCCAGUGUGGCUUCCACCAAAUCCAAAGUCAGUCCCUACUCUGUGAUCGAUAUCGCCCCUAUCCAACAGCAGCUGCUGUCGGAGCAGAAUACCCCUCCCUCCUCUCCCCCAGCUACUGAUAAUGAAAGGGACAUUCAGGAUGUUCCCGGUAGCCCCGGGUUGGCAUCUGGGUAUUCUGUGCCAGUGCCCUGCGGUUAUGCAACGCCCUCAAAUGUGCCGAUCAUCACACCAACGUACACCACCCCAGUCAUCAUCCGACACUUCUCUAUGGAUGAAGAUGUGACUGUGGGUGUAACAGGACAAACUCCAGUGGACAGUGUUUUUAGUGAAGAGUGUCCAGUCAUCAAGGAGGAAGAUGCUCUUACUAAAUGGGUGUCAGAUCCAGCAAACACAGCCUGGAUGGAAAGCCCAGAUGAAGUGAUUUAUGAUGACGUACCAAGAGAAAACUCUGGAUCCACCACAGACCCAGAUGAGAUGAUCUAUGAUGAUGUGGAUUUCGGGGAGGAGGGUGGCAGCAGCUCGCCUGACAUCGGCUGGAGUUCCAGCGAGUUUGAGAGUUAUGAGGAAGCAAGUGACACAGAGAAUGGACAUGGAGAAAACGGCCUGCCUGAUGCAUUUGUUAGGGGUCGCACGCCCAGCAAGAAAACACAUCUCUCUGAAGAUCUGGUGCGUUUGAAAGAGCAUUAUGAGAGAAAGAUGCGAGAUCUCAUGGCAAACACAGUGGGGACGGUAGAGCUGCAACAGCUCAAACACAAACACGAGCUGAAGAUGCAGAGGCUUGUAAAAGCAGCCAAAGAUGGAACUAAAGACGGUCUACAGAAAACCAAAGCCGCAGUGAGAAAGGGCCGAUCUUUCAUCCGCACCAGAUCUCUCUGUCAGGAGAAGAAACCCAGCUGCUUUGAUGAAGAUUCAGAUCUUUUCAUUGAGGUGGAGUGUUUUAAUGUGGACCCAGUUUUGGGGCCCGCACCCGAUGGACUCUCUCAGCACCAGGUAAUGAGAAGAUGCAUUCUGGAGAUGAUUCUAGAGAGUGAGAAGAACUAUCUGGAAGCUCUUAAGAGGAUUUUAGAGCAAUAUGAAAAGCCACUGUCCGAGAUUGAGCCACGGUUAGUGAGCGACCGUAAGCGUAAGGUGAUGUUUUAUCGAAUCCGUGAGAUCCUGCAGUGCCACGCCCUGUUCCAGAUGGCGCUGGCGAGCCGUGUGUCUGACUGGGACGAGUUGGAGAUGAUCGGAGAUGUUUUUGUAGCAUCGUUUUCUAAGUCCAUGGUGUUGGACGCAUACAGUGAAUAUGUGAAUAACUUCAGUCUGGCGAUGGGAGUGGUGCGGAAGGCGUGUGCUGCCAAGCCCUGUUUCCUCGAAUUCCUUAAGCAACGUCAGGAGACCAGUAAAGACAGACUGACGCUUUACGGGCUGAUGAUGAAACCUAUUCAAAGAUUUCCUCAGUUCAUAUUGCUGCUGCAGGACAUGUUAAAAAACACACCAGUGGGACAUCCCGACCGCCUUCCGCUUCAAAUGGCCCUCACUGAACUGGAAACGCUUGCUGAAAAACUAAACGAGAGGAAGAGAGAAGCUGAUCAGCGCUGUGAGAUCAGACACAUUGCUAAGGCUGUAAAUGAGCAUUACCUUAACAAGUUGCUGAGCAGUGGUAGCCGAUAUCUGAUUCGUUCUGAUGACAUGGUGGAAACUGUUUAUAAUGAUCGCGGGGAGAUCAUUAAGACUAAAGAACGGCGAGUCUUUCUUCUGAAUGAUGUGCUCAUGUGUGCCACCCCCAACCAGCGGUCUUCACAGGAGGGUGUGAAUGUAGGAGCCGCAAGUGAAGGUCUUCCCACAGGACAAAGGUUUCUGCUCAAGUGGAGUGUGCCGUUGAGUUUUGUAGAAGUUGUGGAGUUCGGCUCCAGCGAGGAGAUGGGCGACACUGGACGAUUUCCACCCACACACUCGGGAGAAAAAGUCGUCAUCAAUGCGAAACCUAAUAAGUUAUAUAUGGGUCCAGGACAGUUGUACCAGGACCUGCAGAACCUGAUCCAUGACCUGGGUUUGGUGAACCAAAUAUCUACCAUGAUCAGCAGCCUGAAAGGCAAUUAUCAGAAUGUUAAUGGUGCAGUAGCUCAGGAUUGGGUUUCAGGCCUUCAGCGCCUCAUUUUAAAGAAAGAGGAGGAGAUUCGGGCCGCUGACAGAUGUAGGAUACAGCUGCAGUUACCGGGGAAACAAGACAAGUAUGGUAGACCCACGUUCUUCACUGCGGUUUUCAACACUUUCAGUCCAUCCAUCAAGCAAGCAUGGAUCAGUAAUCUGCAGAUGGCCAAACUGGCUCUCCAGGAAGACAAUAUUCAGGGCUGGUUUUGUGCUGAAGAUGAUGGUAAUCAGAUGAGGAAGCAAAACCAUCCUCUCUUGCUCAAGCAGAUGGCUGUGGUCAUGUCCAAACUACAGGAGUUCAAGGUGGAAUGUGCAGUUCACAACCCUGAGCCACAUGUGAACAAUGACAGCACUGCAGAUGUGCCUGUUAUGGGUCACGGCUGUGUUUGGGUGGCCAGCUGCACCAAUCACAUGGGCCAGGUGUCUAUUGUGGCAUUGCAGAACUCGAAUCCCAAAGUGACAGAGUGCUUUAACGUCGAGUCACGUAUACUCUGCAUGACAUACGUGCCUCUGGACAACAGAGAGGGAAACCCUGAAGAUCGGAAAACCAAUGACAUGCCGACUGUGUGUUUAGGAAUGGAGGAAGGCAGUAUAUCUGUAUAUAAGAGCAGCCAGCGCUCGAAGAAGGUCCGUCUGCAGCAUUUCUUCUCCCCGGAUAAGUCUAGCGUCACGUGUCUGGUAUACAGGAGCGGCUGUCUGUACGCAGGAUUGGUCAGCGGUUCCCUGGUCGUCUACUCGAGGGCUGAUGACGGCUCCUGGGUCGAGGCAGGGUCCCGUGUACUGAAGCUCGGGGUGUUGCCGGUGAAAGCCCUGCUGGUGGUGGGUGAGCACGUUUGGGCUUCAUCAGGAGGGCAAAUCUUCAUCAUCAGCACACAGACACACACUGUUGAGCGUCAGUUCGAGGCCCAUCAGGAAGAGGGAAUGAUCGUGUCCCACAUGGUGGUAGCUGGUGUAGGGAUCUGGAUAUCUUUCAGCACAGGCUCCACACUACGACUCUUCCAUACAGAGACUCUCGACCACCUGCAAGACAUCAACAUCGCCACAGCAGUCAACAACAUACUGCCAGGACAGCAAAGAGUUUUGGUGAGCAGUCUGUUAGUGUCUCAUGGUCUGCUGUUGGUGGGGACCAAUCUCGGGGUCACAGUGGCCCUGUCUGUGCCCAGACUCCAGGGCAUCCCAAAGGUCACAGGUCGAGGCAUGGUCUCUUUUCAUGCUCACCAUGGCCCAGUCAAGUUCCUCACCAUGGCAACAGCAGUAUGUAAUGUCUCCCGGGCAACCAUGGCGACUCUUACAUCCAGCACACCCAGCGAGUGCCAGCCUGGGCCCCAAGAGGUGGAAGGAAACCAAGCCGAAGAGAACGACACACGGCUGGGGAACAGCAGCGCGAGCUCUCUCUCCAAUGCACCCGUCCUCCGGGAUUCCUUGUCCUCCUCGUGUGGGUCUCUGGCUUUGUCUCAAUGCUCUUUAGAGCACGGGCCAGAGGACGGAGCGAUAUACGACCUGCUAAACCAGCCAGCAUACUUCCAGAAAGCCAAGCAGACUCAGACAGUGAAUGUGAGCUCAUUGUUAGUGGUGUCUGGAGGGUUGGGCCAUCGAAGAAUCAACAAAAAAGCGAAACAGUCCAAACACGAGGAGAUGGUGUCUACCAUUAUGGUGUGGCAAAUACCACUGCCGAGCCUGUGAAAGAGGAAGAUGGAGGUAACCAGAAGAUGGGCAUUGCAUGUCAAAGAAAGAUAGCAGUUCUUGAACGCUGAUCUUGCUUUGGCUCAUGGUGUGACAAAGGGAAAAUGGUUUAUGAAUGAAGGGGAAAAAAUUCAGAUAAACUUUUGACCACUUUCACCUCUACUAAUUUUUGAACACAACUUGGUCAUGAUCAAAAGUUGCAUUCAUGAAAAUAUGCCAGUAACACUGCAGUGUGAUGAGAUUUAGGUUUAACUGUGGUAAUGACAAUUUUCACAAAAGAAAAAUGGAAAGACGACUUCAGGCCGGAUCUGCACCGGAGCUGCUGACUUUGGCACGGAUCCGGUGCUGAUCUGGCCCGAAGUCAUCUGCUGUCUGCCCUGCUUUAACAGUAUGUUUUCAUUUGUCACAUUUGAAAUAUGUUUGCUUCGGUUACGUUUUGUCUUUCAUUGUUUUUCUAUAAAAACAUUUUUUAAAGGUCAUCUCAAAAAGCUUUCUUCAUCAAAUAACGGUGCUUGUCAGGAGGUCAUCUGAGGUUCUAGGCCUCUGUGAUCAUCUACAACCUGUGACUGAAGGACUUGUAUUGGAUACUCUGGCGGGCCGGAGGUUCAUUUGGGUCUAAAGUGAUGUUAGUGGCCACUGUUAGCAUUUCUGUAAAAGAAAAAUGACAUUCAUAAAUGCUUCUAAUUUAAAGUUUUGCUUGUCAAUAUUUAAAUUGUUUGAAAAAGCUUUAUAUUGACACAUUGUGAUAUGUAUUACUGGUUUGUAUAUUAACAAAUAUACAGUAAACAAUUGUUUUAACAAACAUUUUGUAUAUCUGUGCAAGUUUAAUAGAUAGUUUGUUUUGUUUUUAUGUUUUUACCCAACACAAAAAUGAGUUGAGGUCACUUGGUUGUUAUUAAUAUUAUUAUUAUUAUUUUUAUUUUUUGGUGGAAUGAUCUGAGAAGAAAGCCGAUUAAAAGAGACAAAUAUAGAGGUUGAAUGGCUUUAGACAAAAUGCACUUUACCAGCAGCAACACUGAUUUUAAAGCUUAAGGGAAAUUGCAUGGACAUGGAUGGAUGCAGAGAACAUGAUAAAAAAACAAAACUUGGAAAAAUAUGUAUUAAAAAUGAAAAUAUAUGUUGCUUUCCUGCAAGGUCCAGUGUUUCAAAGUGUUUUCCAAAUAUUCCUCUUGCAAGGUAUCUGGCUAAAAAGGGAAAUUAAAAAUAUAAUAUUUAUA